ACGCUCCGAAGUCGGGGGACUUGCUCAGGUAAGUACCGUUCGACGGAGUCCGUCCGACGCCAGUCACGCCACAACCUUCGUCGUGUCAGGUGUACGGGCUUCUAAAGAUAUCUUCCGCGCAUCGUUCACACACGGCCAGCCUGUUGAUAUUCCGACUAAUCAAGAAACGGAAGGAUGUGGCUAUCGAGGUCGUGGCUGUUGCUGGUGCUGCUUGGGCUGGUAUGUGCUCGGAAGCCCGACGAGGACGAUGCGGCCAGCGUCUUCAUAGAGGAGGCUAAGAACCUCUUCUCCCAGAAAUCCAUCGAGAAUCCGCAAGUAAAGCAGGUCGGUGACAUGCUCUUGGAGAAGAGAACUUCGACUGACAGCGUCAAUCAGAUCAUCUCAGGAUUAGGUAGCUUUAUGGCUGGCGGUCAGAAUAAUCAGGGCUUCGAUAUGUCGAUGGUAGGUUCGAUCUUGAAUGUUUUGAGCACGAUGAAUAAUGACGGACAAGCGAGUCAUGCCAAACGAUUGGCGAACGACGUGGAAGAUCGCAAACAGGAGCACGGUAUAGAUUGGGCUAGCGUAAUCAACAUGGGCAGCGCGUUAUUUCAACAAAGUGCCAACACCGACAUGGUGAUGGGUCUUGUGCCAAUGGUUCUGGAGGCUUUAGGUCACGGGACUGACGACCACGAAGGCGGCAGCAAAGAUCAUUCGGGUCACUCCUGGUUCUUGCCGCCCAUCCUGGAGAACAUUCACGUUAUGUGGGACCAUUUCAGUAAUUCGGAACUCGGCCAGACGUUGUGGAAGAACAGCGGUCUGAUGAAAGUGAUCGCUCACGUGUCGGACCAGCACGGCAACAUCCACUACGAGAAGAUCUUGGAGAGUUUCGAGGAUCCCGCUAUACGUCGGAGGUGGAUCAGGUCGCUCACGAAUUUCGUCGCCGAGUGGUUGUCCCACGUAACCGAUCCAGUAAAUCAGCAACGUUACCUCUCGACCAUGCAAUUCGUCGGCAACAGCUUCCUCAAGUCCCAAGGAUUCCCAAAGUCGGUGAUGUUCGACGCUCAGAGACCAACAGAAAGUCUUAUCAGAUUAGCGAACAUGUUGGCACGCAGAUAUUUGGGCAUGAAUAUCAACAGCGCGUUGUACGUAAAACCGGCGAUAUCGUAUUUCCAAGAGUUAGCAAGCCUGGCCUCUGAGAAAGGAUUCAUCAUGUCCCGAAUAAAUGCGCGGGAGUUAAGCAACAAACUGAGCGAUACCAUCAACAACGAUAUUAUUUUUCCUAUGCUCAAGGCAUUUCGAGCGUACAAGUGGGCAUCGAAAGUGCCGCACUGUGCUAGUCAAAUCUUGUGUACCAUAAACGAACAAAGUGAGCAGGACGACAGUCGCGACAAGAAUCUGAAGAUACGUGGCAUAUUGUUGAAGGUGGCGAGUUUCCCUGCGGCUUGGGCGGUCAGCAAUAAUUUAGGAAUUAAUUUCUGGUCCCUGUACGGAGCCAUUAUGGAGCACGAGGGAUGCAUCAGAAAAUAUCCGGCGAACUGCACGGCCUUCCACGAAGAGGAGAUCCGAGUAACUACGGAGAGCAUUCACAACGAGCUUUGAGUUUAGUUCGUUAAUCCGCGGCCUGUGAAAGACAUUGCUGAGUCGCCUCUAAAAAGAUUCGCGCGAGACAGAGUUCGUUUCUAAUCUCUGUCCCAUUGUAUUUAUUGCACAAAGUGAAAGGCGUCGGACGAAAUGUCGCUGCGCUUGGUCCGACUUGGAGGCGACUGGAAGAUCUCUCCAUCAUUGUGUGUGGAGCACCUCUUCGUCUUUUUCACAUGUACAUACAAGCGUGGACAUUGCACGCGUCAAUGUCAAAUAUAAAAUUUUGCGGCAAUACAAUCGGGAAUCCAAGAGACGCUGUAAAUACGUGCAGAAAAGAUAAGCGGAGCUUUUGUCUCGUAAACGCGAUUCAGAACGUCCCCUGGACGUUUUCCGGUCUUCCGUGCUGUUUUGUUUAGUCCACGUUUCGAAAGCAACGCGUUCGGAGAGUACGUGCGUGUGCAAAACUUUUUAAAUGUGCUCUUCCGAAGGAUAAGUACUACACGGGUAGUUAAGACUCGGAUUGAAGAAUAAGAAAAAAGCCGUGUUAACUUUUAUACUUCCUGUACAAAAGAUCUUUAACGCGUCGUUUAUCAAUGGAACAGCAUUUUGGGUGCGGAACUGACGAGUGGACUUGAAUACGAUCGCAUUUCGCGCUAAACACCGCGAACAACCGUCGGAACGGUACGCCGCGAUUCUUAUCGUCGCUAAUUAAAUGGCCGUUGAACCUGCGGCAUCUCUUGAAAUCACAAUUUCUCUUAAUUGCUUAUGUAACAUUCGUUGUUAAAAUAAAAAGGAAGUGCAGCCAUGGACACUUACGUACAUGCUGCGCUUUAUGCUUUAGCGCGUUUCCGCGAAACUCUCCUUCGCGAGUGCUGUAACGACGUGGUGCUCAAGUCUCUGCUCUAAUUAUAAGUAUAAAUAUUAAAUUAAUAACUAUUAUCUACGAA